GGCGAGGACUAGGCGAUUCGAAACCUGCAUUUCGCCACCCAGCAAAAAAAAAGCAAAUGUGUUUUAUUUUUUUCAAAUAACUAGAGGUAAAUUCAUUUCAAGCAUAGAGUGCACCUGCUACGAGGAGUGCUGUGCCGGAUCCCUUUGCCCUCUGAUACUGGCUGCUUGCGUGUGCGUGAGGAAUCUGCUCAUUUCCUGGUUGAGUCGCCGGGCGAGGCGUAAAGGGGUUUAAAAGAUGGAAGGGAACAGAGACGAAGCGGAUAAGUGCUUGAGAAUAGCCCGGAAAGCGCUGCAGAAUGGCGAACACGACAAGGCGCUGAAAUUCUUGAACAAAGCGGAGAAAUUAUACCCAAGUAUCGAGGCAAAAGCAUUAAUAGACGCCAUCACCAAGAACGGAAGCACCGCUGGUGGACCAGGACAUCGCACUGAGUCGGAAAAACCCAACCAGGGCAAAUCCACGGGUCCGGCGCAGAACGGAGCCAUGCCGGAGACGGAGAAGAAGGUGGAAUCGAAAGCCUACACCAGCGAGCAGCUGGACGGGGUCCAGAGGAUAAAGAAAUGUAAUGACUUCUACGAGAUUCUGGGAAUCGUCAAGGAUUCAUCUGAGGAGGAUCUGAAGAAGGCGUACAGGAAGCUGGCACUGAAGUUUCACCCGGAUAAAAACCAUGCCCCGGGGGCCACUGAGGCCUUCAAAGCGAUCGGAAACGCCUACGCCGUGCUCAGUAACCCAGUGAAACGGAAGGACUAUGAUCAGUAUGGUGAAGGACUAACCCCUGGGAAUUCUCAGCACGGGGGCUUCGAGUUUCACCGGAAUUAUGAGUCGGACAUCACUCCAGAGGAUUUAUUCAACAUGUUCUUCGGUGGAGGAUUUCCCACAGGUAGUACACAGACCUACUCCAACGGAAGGACAAGAUUUACAACGCAGCACUCGUACCACAGAGCCGAAAGGGAUGACGAGAGAACAGACGUAAGUCAUCAGGGAGGAUUUUCAAUGUUUUUACAGUUGCUUCCUAUAAUUGUUUUGAUAUUGGUGUCUGUUUUAAGCCAGUUGAUGGUAUCUUCUCCACCGUACAGCCUCUACUAUCGAGCUGCCGUGGGACACACAUUAAAGAAGCAAAGCAUCAACCUUAAAGUGGUUUAUUUUGUCAACAAAGACUUUGAUAAAGAGUAUACAGGUGUGGCGUUACAAAAAGUGGAAAAAAGCGUUGAAGAUGAUUAUAUAACUAAUCUUCGAAAUAACUGCUGGAAGGAACGGCAGGAGAGAAAUGACUAUUUUUACGCUGCCAAGGUGUAUCGCGAUGUUCGCCUUCGAAAGAAAGCUGAGCUGAUGAGGAUGGAAAGUUGUGAGAAGCUAGCGAGACUAAAUGAACUGUAUCGAGGGGGCUGAUCCAGCUGACCAGAUCUCACCUUUUAAUUUAAAUGUUAUAUUGUACAGGGAGACAUUUCAAUUUAUUAUUAUUUUAAAAAGAAAAUAAAUCUUUAAGUCUUAUAACCUUGA